AUGGAGCCCAGGCGGGCAAGCAGCCUGUCCGAUGUGAGCGACCUAAACCAAACAGUGUCAGCGAAUAAGCGUGAUGACUUGUGCAGCCAGUGCAUACGUAUCUCGCGACACUGCGUAGGCAAGGCCACACGUCCUUAUAAGGCCAGCCCGGAGGAGCUACUCGACUACAUCCGACUCAUCUUUGCUGACGUCUUCGAGCUCAAGGGUGAGCGAGAGAUCCUUGAGCAAGCCGAAGGUAUCCCGCUGCCCAACCUCAAGCUCUGCGUCCGCAUUCUCCAGGCCGAGGGGCUCUACACCGCCGAGACAGAACUAGUUGGCUUAGACACCUACGGCCUUCUCUGGGUGGACGAACUUCGAAAAGUCAAGACGUCGGUGCAGCGACGGACUGCGACGCCAAGAUGGAACGAAGACAUCCUCGUGGAGGUGAACGACUGGACCAAGGGAUCCCUGACCGUCGAGGUCUGGAAGAAGGAUCCGCACUCCAUCGCUAAUUCGCUGCGGAGUUUCGUCUACUUUAGUUCGUAUCGCGAGUGCCUGCGCGCCCUGCGCAGCGUUUUACAGACCCUCUGCCGACAAAAGAAUGAUAACCUUAUCGGUAAGGUAGUGAAGCCAUUGGCAGAAAUUCCGUCCGUGGGCAGUGAGCAGUGGUAUCAGCUUCAGUAUGAGCACCGUUCGGGUUUGUUCGGCAGGUUGCAGAUGGGGCUCUCCUUUCGUACCAUACCGUCGGCCAAACAUAGCUUUUCCGUCUCGCUCAAGGACCAUUUCGCGCUUAGCCACAUUUUUUUAAGUCAUAGCUUGUUACUAAACAGCGAGCAGGCUCUGCAGUGGAACAGGUGGGACGAUUGCAUUUCUAAGGAAGCACUGACGCUCCUCCAUCAACAUUCUCUACACAAGGACUUGAAGCAAAUUGAAAAGUGCUAUUGUUAUUUGCUCUCCGUCACCACAUCGCGUUUCAGAGAUGAGGGGCGAAUUAACUAUUCCGUUGUGUAUACACUGUUAAAAGAAUUACAAAUGGAGUUAAAGCGCAAUAACAAUCAGGUACUACAAGAAUCAAUCGACGCAGUCGUAGCCAUUUUGUGCCAGCAGACGCGAUGCCUGCUGUCGCGUUUCCAUGACAAGUUCAAUCUGAAGGACAAUCGCCAAGCUCUUGACCUUUUAGGUGUGCUGUCUUGCUGCCCAGUGGUUGAUGCUAUAAGCCAGAAAGGGGUGACCAAUCAGGCCUGCGAAGAAAUACGCAAAAGCGCCUACGAGUGGCACUUGAAAAUUACGGUGCUGGGAAUGCCAAAUAUCACGGAUGACACUUUUGUCAAAGGCCUUGCCGAUGUCCUCCACCCAAUCACUGAAUUUCACAACAAUGCUAAUGUCAUAUUCAAACAAGCCUGGAAUGAAUCGUACACGGAAAUAACAAUCGAAGAACUAGACAACUUCUUGGACACGCAUUUUCGUCCUCGCAUUGUUGCACUCUGCGCUUUGAUUCCCGUCUCCAAAAAAGACGACAAAGAUCGGCUGGUUGAAAAAUCCCUCGACACAUUCUAUUUGGUGCAAGGGUUUAUCACAAACGCCUUAUCUAGCCUUCCCGUCCACCGGCCACACCUCAGCAUGGAUGACUACCUUUACUGGUUCGGCCCGCACAUCGCAGCUGAGUGGUUUGAAUGGGCUCAAAAACCAGCGCUCACUUGGAUCGAGCGCUUUGUUGACGGAGAUACCAUGAUGCCUGUCAACGCCACCGACAAAAUCGGCAGUUCCGCUAGGGACACGUCCACCACCAUUCAAGAACAAUUCAUGGUACUCUGGAAAAAUCUUAACUGGCCCAAUCCAUCAGUGGCCACCAAGUUCGCACUAAUCGUGAGUGCCUGCGCGCUGCUCUUCACCCAGAAGACGGAAGAAAAGGUAAAGCGACAGAAGUACUUCGAGGUUAUUGGGGAUUACGGCGUCUCGACUAGGCUUUGUGUGGCCAUCAACAACAUCACAGCCAUCGUCAAUUGUCUAGAGGCAAUACAGCGCAGCAUUGUGGAGUGCUUCCACCGCGACCCGCAAUACGAUGAUGUUCUUGCCGACUUGUGCGCUCCUGUACAAAAGGCUGCAGACUCCAUUGCCACCAGUGUGCUACGGCUGACGGACGGUGUCCUGCUAAAAAUUGAGCCAGAAAUCACGCGCCUCGUGGAGAACAUCGUGCGUUGCAGAGAUACCUCGGAGCAGAACCGUGCUCUGUUCGCACUUUCGAAGUACAUAAACACCUGCUUAUCGACACUGCAUGCCAAUUUAGAGGCAACCGCUUUCCGAAAUUCGCUGCUUCAAAUUUGGAAACGGUGCGUGUUUAUUGUGAAGCAGGUAGCUAGCAAGUUACAAAAAUGGCACUUUUGUCGAUUCCGUUCCAGCAGCAUUGCCUUUUCGGGCCUCCUCGAAGCCCUCCACAGGCUACGUAAAAUUUUUCACGCCGACGGCGGUGGGCUGGACACACAAGAAGUUGAUUCUAAAGCGUACCAAGAGUUUGACGAGCAACUGACGGGGCUUGUUCAAUCCCUGAACGCCGUCAGAAGGUGA